UUCCCUUUAAAUCCCCCGCAGAGAGCAGCUCGCUCAGCAGAGGAAUCUGUCGGCCUCGCGCAGCAGCAUGUCAGCGAUAAACAUCAGCGUCUGAGGCGAUGUUCAGAUUUGUUUGCCAUGGAGAUGGAUAUGAUACCGAAAUUCACCUCAAAAGACGAGGAAAUUGACUUCUGGAAGGCUCUCUCCCUCAAGUACAAGAAAGGCUGCCAGGAGGCUCAGGAGGAGCUGCUGGAGUUCCAGGAGGGGAGUCGGGAGCUGGAGGCCGAGCUGGAGGCUCAGCUGGGGCAGGCCGAGCACCGCAUGAAGGACCUGCAGUCUGAGAACCACCGACUGAAGAACGACGUGGGGACGCUGAAGGAGAAGCUGGAGCAGCAAUACUCUCAGAGCUACAAGCAGAUCUCCAUGCUGGAGGACGACCUGGGCCAGACGAGGAGCAUCAAGGAGCAGCUCCACAAAUACGUCCGAGAGCUCGAACAGUCCAACGACGACUUGGAGAGAGCUAAAAGAGCCACCAUCGUGUCUCUGGAGAACUUCGAGCAGCGUCUGAACCAGGCCAUCGAGAGGAACGCCUUCCUGGAGAGCGAGCUGGACGAGAAGGAGUCUCUGCUGGUGUCCGUGCAGAGAUUAAAGGAUGAAGCCAGAGACUUGCGGCAGGAGCUGGCGGUCAGAGAGCGUCAGGCGGACGUGACCAGGAUGUCUGCUCCCAGCUCGCCCACACAGGAAAACGUGAAGAUGGACAGCGCCGUUCAGGCCUCCCUCUCCCUCCCUGCUACCCCGCUGAGCAAAGGUCUGGACAACGCCUUCGCCAACACAACAGUGCUGUCUAACGGCUACGGCAGCAACUCUCCUCUGACUCCUUCGGCCAGAAUAUCGGCUCUGAACAUCGUCAGCGAUUUGCUCCGGAAAGUCGGGGCUCUGGAGUCGAAGCUCGCCGCCUGCAGGAACUUUGCAAAGGACCAGAAAGCGAGGAAGGCGUUCGCUCUGGACAACAGCAACGCUCUGAACGCCAACACGGCCAACUACAACGCUCAAGCUCUGCACACGUCGUACUUUGACAAAGCCAGGACGGUGAACGGACUGGAACCUUCCAACCUCACGGCCAUCACCGCCCCUCCUGCUGCCUCCUCGCCGGGUUUACUGCCCCUCCUGUGUGACGGUAACUGCCCCAGUGACCCCUCCAAACACACCCGCCCUGCCACGGGGCAGAGAGGGAACACGAAUACUGUAAAACUCUGUACUGUUCCGGUUUUCUCCUCGUCUUCCCACGUUCUUCUCUCGUGCUUGGUUCCUGCUGUGGUUCUGUCUGUAAAUUAACGUGUUGCUGUGUCUGCUGUUCGCUCACUGACGUUACAAAGACUGACGAGGCCGCUCUAUUUAGCAUCUCCCCUCAUUUAAGUGCUUUCUGAGUGCACGUUAUCGCCUAAAACAGGGGUGUUUUAGUUCAGGUUCCACAUUCAGCCCAAUUUGAUCCCAAGUGACCAGUAAAAUCGCAGCAUGACCUCUAAAUAAUGACACCUCCACAUUUUUUGUUCUAGUGCAAAAAAAAAUCACAUUUAAGGAAUUAUCUUUUCACAAAACACUAUGGGCAAACACGAGCAGACAAAAAACAACAAAAACAAGAGAAAAUAUUACAAAAAGGAAACACAAAAUGACAAGAAGGAGAAGCAAAACGACAAAAAACAUGAGACAAAUGACAAAAGUCAGACAAAAACCAACAGAAACAAGACAAAAUAUUACAAAAAUGAGACGCAAAACGACAAAAAUGAGACACACGACAUGAAGUAAUACAAAAAAGUUAGGAAGGAACAAACAAUGGACAUAAACAAGAUAAAAAAUGACAAAAGCGAGAAAAUAAACGACAAAAAAUAGACAAACAACACAAACGAGGCAUAAAAAACUUAAAAGGACAAAAGCACUACCCAAAACAAUGAAUUAAGCAAAACACAAGAUGUGGAAAAUCAGUCCAACACAAGCGAGACAAAAAGGAAACACAAAACAGGAAACAUGACAAAAAUGAGAAACAAAAUGACAAAAACAAGAGACAAAUGACAAACAUCAGACAUGAACACAAAAAACCACAAAAACAAGACAAAAUAUUACAAAAAUGAGAUUAAAAUGACAAAAAAUUAGGCAAAUGAAACGAGAUGAGACAAAACAGACAAAAAAUUAGACAAAACAGUUACAAAAUGACAAAAAAAAUAGACAAACGACACAAGGCGAGACAUAAAGGAAACACAAAAUGACAAGAAGGAGAAACAAAACAACAAAAACAUGAGACAAACAACAAAAGUCAGACAAAAUAUUACAAAAAUGACAAAAUUAGACAAACGAAGCGAGACAAGACAAAACGGAGACAAAAAUUAGAUAAAAACGGUUACAAAAUGGACAAAUGACACAAGGCGAGACAUAAAGGAAACGCAAAAUGACAAGAAGGAGAAACAAAACAACAAAAACAUUAAACAAACGACAAAAAACAAGACAAAAUAUUACAAACAUGAGAAUAAAAAUGACAAACAAUUAGACAAACGAGUUGAGACAAGACAAAAAAUUAGACAAAAGUUACAAAAGGACAAAAAAAAUGAACAAAUGACACGAGGCGAGACAUAAAGGAAACAAAAUAAGGAGAAACAAAACAACAAAAACGUGAGACAUACGACAAAAAUCAGACAAACAAGACAAAAUAUUACAAAAAUGAGAAUAAAAAUGACAAAAAAUUAGACAAACGACUUGAGACAAGACAAAAAAUUAGACAAAAGUUACAAAAGGACAAAAAAAUGGACAAAUGACACGAGGCGAGACAUAAAGGAAACACAAAAUGAUAAGAAGGAGAAACAAAACAACAAAAACAUGAGACAAACAACAAAAGUCAGACAAAAUAUUACAAAAAUGACAAAAUUAGACAGACAAAACGGAGACAAAAAUUAGAUAAAAACGGUUACAAAAUGGACAUAUGACACAAGGCGAGGCAUAAAGGAAACGCAAAAUGACAAGGAGAAACAAAACAACAAAAACAUUAAACAAACGACAAAAAACAAGACAAAAUAUUACAAACAUGAGAAUAAAAAUGACAAAUUAGACAAACGACUUGAGACAAGACAAAAAAUUAGACAAAAGUUACAAAAGGACAAAAAAAUGGACAAAUGACACGAGGCGAGACAUAAAGGAAACACAAAAUGGUAAGGAGAAACAAAACAACAAAAACGUGAGACAAACGACAAAAAAGGCUAAAUAUGACAAAAACGAGACACAAAAUGUCAACAGAAAAGGCCGUCUAAUAUUUUGCUUUACGAUCAAAACAACUUGUCAUGUUCUAUAAAUUAUUUUAAACGUACAGUUUCACUAAUUUACAAUCUGCAGUUCAUGUCUUCUCUGGGAUUUUUACACUUAGAGGGCCGGUUUUAGCUCACGGGCCGAAUGUUUGACACCCCUGGUCUAAAAAGCUCAAUAUUUUGCAAAUGGCGUUAAAAUCGGUCCUUUUUAAAAACACACAAACGGCUUUUUUUUCACCUCUUUAAUUAGCAAUAAGUUCACCUGAACCACUGCGUUUCCACUCGGCAGGUUCUAACGGCUUGUACAGAUGUCCUGAAUUGUUUGUGCCACACGUCUCCGUCAAUUACUGAUGUUUCAACGCGAACCUGGAAUCUUUCUGGAACUCUGAUUUUUGGCUUCUAACUGUUAUGACCCUUGUAUUCGCCUCAUUAAUGGUUCCACAGCUGUUUAAACGAGGGCCGGAGAGUCUUUGUGUCGUCGUAAAGAGUCAAACUCACCAUCUAACUCCUGAACCGUGUGACAUGAUGUACAGUAUUGGUCAUAUUGAUCGUUAAUAACCAGCGUUCUUCUGUUCUCUAGUCUUUUAUCCCACUUUAUUAUCACAUGACAGCACUUUGGCCUCGUGUUGAGCCUUUAUUUUUUCUUUCUUUCAAGUGCAAUAUUGCCUGUUUAUUGUUUGUGGGUUUAAUUUAUUUCACACUUCUUUUAUAGCAUGUUUCAAUAAAAGAUGGUUCUAUACUCCACAUGUUA